ACGUUGACGCUUGCAUCAGAAGCUGAGGCAACGCUUCUUUCACAUAAAUAUAUAUCGAUCAUACUUAAAAGCACAAUAUCCUUAAUAAUUAAUAUAUUGCAUCACCAACACUGCAUGCAGGAACAUCAUCCAAUUUCUUUCUUUCUUUCGAAUUAAUAAGAUGGCCGACAAGAGCGUAGCAAACAUGACAACCUUAUUCGUUAGAAUUCGAGGUUUCUUCACAAGUUUCCACGUCUAUGUUCGACCCCUGCUAGGGUAUGUCCACAAUAGAUGGAAGGUUUGGACGAAGAUGAUUAGCCUGAGAACUGAAAUACUGAAUCAGCAGUUUGUCAUACGUGAAAACGCAGAGGAUGAAAAACUAAGCCGGAAGAAAGUAAAGAAGGUGAUGGAAAUACUAGGACUAAAUUAUGAUCCAAUUGGAGGGGAUCAGAUGCAGGAGAGAAUCGGUGCAGAUGAGCUUUCACAACUAUUUGAGGAGGAUCCAGCUUGUUUGGACGAGGUGAGGGAAGCCUUUGAAGUGUUUGAUGCGAACAAAGAUGGAUUUAUAGAUGCAAGAGAGUUACAGAAGGUUUUAUGCAAUUUGGGGCUAGAAAAAGGGUCAGAGGUGGAGGAAUGCAGAAAGAUGAUCAGGGCAGUGGAUCAGAAUGGAGAUGAACUGAUUGAUUUUAGCGAGUUUGUGAAGUUUAUGGAGAAGAGUUUUAAUUGAUAAAAGCCUCAUUGUCAUCGUCUGCUAGGUAGGUCUGAGUUUCUGAUCAUGCCAAUCCUUUAGUCUAAAUUUCCGAUACAUAGUACUAGAUUUUAUUUUUAAUUUUGCAUCAUGUACUGUUUUUAAUUUCGAAACUUUUUUUUUUUUUUAAAGGGCAUGCAUGUCUGGAACUGGAUGUUUAACAUUCUCAAUAGUAUAGAAAUGCUAGCAAAUAUUUGUAAAAUCUUUUUAAGAUUAGCUUUUAUUAUCUUUUAUGAGAAAAAUUGGUAUUUAAAAUGAA